AUGUAUGCACGAUCCGAUCAACCUUCCGGCCACAGUGGAGACACACCCCGACUCCGGGCCGCUUGCGAGAACUGCAGACAAUCAAAGGUGAAAUGCAAUCUUUCUGGAAAGAGUACUUGCAUCCGGUGCCUUCGUCACGGGCUGCCUUGUCGAUAUCGACUCGCCAAUCGGUCAGGGAAACCCAAGGGCAGUAAGAACAGGGCCACAUUGAAGAGGCUGGGACAACUGCCGGACGAGAACCCGGUAUUACGUGCUUUGAAGGGAAAGUAUAACCCAGAUACUGUCAUGGACAAUCACAGUCACACGGUAUGUGAAAGAUCUCGAGUGCUUCAGAGCAAUGAGGGAAACGUGCGUUUAAUCUGA